AUGGAAGGUGACUGUCUGAGCUGCAUGAAGUACCUGAUGUUCAUUUUCAAUUUCUUCAUAUUUCUGGGCGGGGCCUGUCUGCUGGGCAUCGGCAUCUGGGUCAUGGUGGAUCCCACCGGCUUCCGAGAGAUCGUGGCCGCCAACCCCUUGCUUAUCACGGGCGUCUACAUCCUGCUGGCGAUGGGGGGGCUGCUGUUCCUGCUCGGCUUCCUGGGCUGCUGCGGGGCCAUCCGGGAGAACAAGUGUCUGCUGCUGUUUUUCUUCUUGUUCAUCCUGAUCAUCUUCUUGGCGGAGCUCUCGGCGGCCAUCCUGGCCUUCAUCUUCAGGGAAAACCUCACCCGGGAAUUCUUCACCAAGGAGCUCACCAAGCAUUAUCAGGGCAACAACGACACAGACGUCUUCUCUGCCACCUGGAACUCGGUCAUGAUCACAUUUGGUUGCUGUGGGGUCAACGGGCCUGAAGACUUCAAGUUUGCACCCAUUUUCCGACUCCUGACGUUGGACAGCGAGGAGGUCCCCGAGGCCUGCUGCCGGAGGGAGCCGCAGACUCGCGAUGGGCUCCUGCUGAGCAGGGAGGACUGCCUCCUGGGAAGGGACCUGUUCCUGAACAAGCAGGGCUGUUACACAGUGAUCCUCAACGCCUUCGAAACCUACGUCUACCUGGCCGGAGCCCUCGCCAUCGGGGUGCUGGCCAUCGAGCUUUUCGCCAUGAUCUUCGCCAUGUGCCUGUUCCGGGGCAUCCAGUAG